AAGCGUUCGCCGCAACGGAACGCGAUCCAGUGAGCGAGUCGAGAACUAUCUAGAGAUCGCCAGAAAUAACACAUCCAGAAAGAACGACAUUGACAUUCAAGCGGGCGUUAAUUGCUGACUCCCUACCUCCCACCCCUUCUACUCAUCGAUCGGGCGGCCGGGGUCAAGUGCUGUCAAUUGAAAGUGUCAGGUGGCAGCCAUGAGGCAACUGCCGCUACUGCUCUGGUUCUCACUGUGGCCGGUUCUGGCCAGAUCCGACACCAUUUGCAGCUCCCUGGAGCUGAACAAGGUCGCCGACUUUCAGAAACUCCAAAACUGUACCCACGUGGUCGGACACGUACGGAUUGCCUAUGUGGACCUGCCUGCGGCGGGCAAUACAAGCCUGCAACUGCUCGCGAGCAACGUCACGGAGAUUAGCGACUAUCUGAUGGUGUAUCGGUGCGCGGGGCUGCUCACCCUGGAGGCGAUAUUUCCCAAGUUGCGCAUCAUUCGGGGUCAGGCCUUGCUUUUCGAUCAAUAUGCCCUCGUCGUAUACGAGAAUCGGAAUCUGCGAGAACUGGGCUUGGUCGAGCUGUUGCGCAUUCAAAACGGUUUCAUUCGCAUCGAAACGAAUCCGAUGCUGUGCUUCGUGGAGACCGUGGACUGGAUGCACCUCCUGGGCAAUAGGAGCCAGCAGCAUUUUUCCCUCAAGCACAACAAACCUCCCAGUCAUUGUCCAGUGUGUGGAGGCUUGGCAGCUGACUAUGCCUUCCGCAUAAACAUCUCUGAUUUUUGCUGGAACAUGAACUCCACCCAGAUCCGACCUACUCCGCCCCGCCUCGAGGGCUGUCCGGUGGCCUGUGGUCUUAAUGGGUGCGACAAUGCGGGAAACUGUUGCCAGCAUAGUUGCGUCACGGAAUGCUCGGAUCAGAACUGUACGCUGUGUGCCAAAUAUCAGAGUAAGGGAAAAUGUGUAGAUCAGUGCGUGAUUAGCUACGAAUUACAUAAGAGGCAGUGCAUCAGCCAUAAGGAGUGCCGUCAGUUGGGUAUGAUACCGCUCACUCGCGGAUAUCGCUGUGCGGAAAAAUGUCCCCCCAAUCAGAAGGAAGUGCGGGAUCCAAAUGGAUUGGCCAAUUGUCAGGUGGAGUGUAAGGGUGUGUUCCAUGUGAAGAGUGGGGCGGACCUGGAACGUUUACAAGACUGUGUGACCAUCAAUGGAUCACUAAUCAUCGAAUUAACCAACAUAAAGGAGAAAAUUGUGGCUUCUUUGGAGCAGUCAUUGGGGAGUCUCAAGGAAAUCACUGGCUAUCUGAAAGUCUUACACUCUGCCCAGCUGAUGUCUUUGUCGUUUCUACAGAAUUUGGAUUUAAUACGAGGUGAUCAGCUGAUUGAAAACAAAUAUGCUCUCUUUGUGGUAAACAACCAUCACCUGGAGAAUAUUUGGCCACCCAAUCAUCAGGUGCUCGUUCAACGUGGCUCUAUCUUCUUUCACCUGAACCCCCGCCUCUGCCAUGAAAAGAUUCUACAGCUGGAGCCUUCGCUGAAGAGUGUUCAACAGAUAUCAGUGGCAGAUGUCUCUCCUAACUCAAAUGGCGAGCGCAUCAUCUGUGGCGAUGCAGUGCGGACCUUGAAUCCAGUUGUUGACGAUUUGAGUGCCACCGCAGUACGCAUUAUCUUGGACUAUAUGGACUGGGAGGGCAUGGAGACAUUGAUUGGAUAUUCCUACUACUAUAAGGAAGCCCCCCAACGCAAUGUGACCAUGUACGAUGGACGACAUGGUUGCGGGCACGAUAAUUGGCUCAUGGAUGUCUCGGCCACCAAGAGUCGUCGUCAUGUGAUUUCCGGCCUUAAGCCCUUUACCCAGUAUGCACUUUUCGUAAAGACUCUAACACGAACCGACUAUCAUAUGCAGAUUGAUGCGUAUUCAAAAAUCUUCUACUUUAAAACGUUGCCCGACAAACCCAGUCCCGUGGCAAGGAUUUAUGGCAGUUCGGAACUCAGUACACAGAUUCUGCUUCAUUGGUGGCCUCCACGUCGUCCAAACGGCAUCAUCAACAAAUACUAUGUGACCUAUGAGCCUCACAAUCUCACUCAAGCAGAGCAGGGAAAAAACUAUUUGAAUCCGAGGCCUACUAAUGUGAGCUACUUGGAUUGUCAGUGCGAUGAUGUGACGUCCUACGAUUCGGGCCCACAGCCAGACGACGAGGAUUACUACAACAAGGAGCAGAUCACCUACGAAGACGCCUUGCCCAAUUUAAUCUAUGUUUCACGGCGCCAGGAACAGCCCAAGAAAGAUAAGUUUGAGAAAGUAAUUGACUUUGAUGAUCUCAAGGCUGGCAAGAAGAAAGAACAACGAUCGAACCCAGCAACAACCACUCCAUCGCCCACCAAUCUAACCAUCACUCAGGAAAAGCUGGCUGCCCUCCAAUACGAACUAUAUCGUAACUUUAGUGAGAACCGGCAACGGGCCGUCCAGGAUGUGGAUAUCAGCAGUUUACAGAUCCCUCAUGCCGUGAAAAAGUGCCAGGAUGCCCAUGCCUCUGUGGGCCAGAGGGUGGAGGAGAAAUGCACUGUCGAGGAGGAGAUGAAUGGCAUCGAAUUGCCUGGCACUCAGCAUUACUAUUACCUAAAUCAACUCAAACCAGAGUCCUUCUACCGGGUUACAGUACGAGCCUGCGUCGAUGGAGUGAUCAAUGGCUGCUCCAAUCCCACGGAAGCCCUGGUCAAGACCACCAGCCUGCGCGUGGAGCAACUGAUGAAGAGCACCUAGGGAGCCUACGGGUGUCUAGGGGCGAAGAAAUACUUGGACAAUUUCUGUGGAAGAAGAAAGCUACAACGGGAUGAUCCCCGAAACCGAUUUGUAUUACCUGACAAGUGAUAAAUGUUAACUGAGUAUUCGUAAAUGUCUUAGCUGUAGUUGCUCAAUGUUCCUCGAAAUGUAUUGUAAAUGUAAAGCAAAUCCUCCAA